AACUGUCCAACCAAUGGCUGGUCCACCUAGAUGGUAGUUAACUGUGCUUCUGCUUUGCUAUGUGGAGAUGUUGUACUGGACUGUGGUACAGUGUAGACGUAUACUUGUUUAGUUGGAUGCCAUCACAUACAUUUUUGUGUACCUCUAUAUUGUUUGCUGGACAACUGGGUGGUCACUCUUUAUUCUGCUUUACCCUGUUUAUUGUUGUUUUGGAAUCACUUUUUUGGUGAUUUUUUUUUUGAUAUAUUCCCAUCCAUAUAUUGGAACGGAAGACACUUUUUGUGAAUAUAAACACGCUGACAUCUAUUGUCAAAUCUGUAUACACAUUAACUUGUAUAUUCAUCCAAGCAUGCAUCCAUUCAACUCAAACUAUAGCAGAGAGAGGGGACCAAGGCAGCAAGGAUAUAGUACUGAUAAUCAUAGCUACAACAAUGCAGGAAGAAGGCCGGAACAGUGUGGAAAUGGGAACCAGUUUCCUGUGCAAAAUUACUAUGGAAAUAACUCUCAAAUGUGUACAGAUAUGCACGGAAAUAAUCGGAAUAGACGAGGUUUCCAAGGGGGAUGGAACAACUUUAAUCCUCCAAGGCAAUUUCCAAAUCAGCAGUUUUGGUGUCAUGAAGCUGGACAGAGUGAGGAACAAAAUAGGAGACAGAUGGAGCAGCAAAGAAGAAGAAGCUAUCUUGAACAAUUUGGCCAUCCAGAUAUACAGCAAAAUGAAGCUCAAUUUAAUAGGCAUUAUACAAAUUCAUGCAAUGGAAGAAACUAUCAUCCUGAUCAUCUUGGAGAUAGACGAUGCUCUCCUGAGUUUGAUGGGGCAAGACAUAGCAUCAGUGGGCUUUUAGGGGAUUUUCCUAGAGGAAGGCAAACUUCAGGUUUUCAACAUUUAGAAAGAAGACAAAAUCAACAAGAUACUCUGAGACAGCUCAAUUUCAGUAAUAAUGACAUGCACACAAAUUGGGAUUGGAUCAAACCAAAAUUAGUUAGCUUGAUGGAAAUUUACUUUGAUCAGUCUUCUGAAGAUUUCAGUAAUGAGCAACAACCGAUGAGAAACUCUACUCAAUACAGGGGUCAGGCAACAUCUUUUCAAAAGUCCCCUUCAUUUCAGAAAUGUGAAAAAAAGAAGAAAAGAGGCCCUUUUGGUAGAAACUGCCAUGCCAAUCAAGCAACUAAAGUACAAACACAUUCAAAUGAUAAUGGCAGUUUUGAUAACAAUUUCAGUGAUGGACCAACUCACUGUGACAAUAAGGAAAUUGGAAUUGUCAAGGAUAGUGAAAAACUGAUUCCAGCAAUAGCUGCAGGUACAUUGUCUGAUAAAUCAUUGUCAGUUGACCAUUCACCUCAAAAAUAUUCAGAGAGCCAGAACCACAAACUGACAGGUCUUGACACAGAGGGUGAAAACGGUAGCAAUUCCGAUGACAGGAACAAAACGGCACCUACAACUGGAGAUGGCAACUCAAAAGUCUCUCAUGAAAAUAAUCAAAAUCAGCUCUGUGACAUUCAAACUGAAUCAAAUCCGUCUCUUGGUGAAAAUCAACAAAAUAAGGCUCCGUCCCCAAGAAGUGAGCUGGUGGAUGGAUCUGAUUGUCACACAACCCAAACAGAUGAGUCAGCUGUAGAACAUGUUCAACAAAGCAUGGAACUUGUUAGCCUGGAUAGUCAAAAAUGCGCACCACAGGAUAAUCAAGGACAGACAGGUUCACCUAAGCCAUCAAAAGAUGCACAAAAUUUCUUGGCACGACCGACGAGUACAGAAAAGAAUCAGCCAAUUUCUCCAGCUAUGAAGGAAAGAAAACAAUUUUUUGGUGCAUCUCUGCAGAAAGGUGGGGUGGGUACCCCCAAAUGUCCAGAGACAGGAAAAACCUGGUCGUCAGUUGAUUACUUCACAGGAGGUGGACAGGGAAAAGACAAACCAAUUGAAAUUAAUGUUGGUUCAGAAAAUGUUGGUACCAGUACACUUGAAGGAGUUUCUGAAACAUGCAACAAUACUAUUACAAUUGGAAACAGAGAUAAGGAUGAAAUACCUGUGGUAGGAGAAAAGAGCAUCUCAAGGUCAAUAGAAGAACAAACUGAUAGGGGAAAUCAGAACAACACAUCAGUACCUAGAAGGGGACGAGAUGGGAACUGGAAACAACACAUGUCUAAUUACAGGGAAGGAAAUGUGGAAAUACAGGAUAGAAGAGAUCUGUGGCAGACACAUGGUAGGGAAUCAAACAGGGCAGAAAGGACGAUGAGAGAUCAAGGGAAAGAUUCCUACACAGGGGAUCAGCCAUCGAUGUUAAGAGGAAGAGAGACAUACAGAAAACCUGAAGGAAACAAGGUAUGGCAACAACGACCAGAUGAUCAAGGUGAGAAGGUCACAGAUAGGAUGACCUACAGAGAUAGCUACCAACCUGAUGACAGAAGGCCAUAUGAUUGUCAAAAUAGGUUUUCUGAUGAUCGUGAAAAACAAAGGCACUUUGGAUCACCACAGCCUAAUUCACCAAGGAGCCGACAGGAUAGGUCAAAUUAUUAUUCACAGAACAGACAUUUUGACAGGAAUAGAGCACAUCAUUACAUAAACAGUAGAGAGGAAUUAGAAAUGGAACCAAGGAGGAGGACAGAGAAUGAAUACAGGAGAUCAAGGGAUUCGGGAAAUACCUUUUCACCACAUGGUAGGAACCAAGGUCAAGUCUCAUACAGUAGUGGGAGAUCUUACAACAGCGAUGGGUGUAAUGAUAAUAAGACUAGAUCUUCAUACACAGAUUUGAGUUCUGAUGGAAGGAUUGCAGAAAAAAUAGGAAGUACAGGUGUUGGUGGUACGCUUAAAUCUUACACUGAUAAAAAAUGUGUUCCAGAUCAUAAAAUGAGGUCAAAAUCUUUUGAUGGGUCCAAGGAACAAUCAGGUCAAAGUUCAGCUGGUUUUCAAAGUACAGAUCUAAAGAUGGUUCAGUCUACCAGGAUGGAACAAGACCAAAAGAACAGUGAAUUAAAGGAGCCUGACAGGAAGGAUAUCGAACAAAAGAUAAAUAAACAAAAGAUAAAUGAACAAAAGACAGAUGAAGCUAGGAACACCAAUGAAGAACAAAGAAGCAUGGUUGAUUCUACCAUCUCGGGACAAAAGUCUGACAAUGCACAAAGGAAUCAAACUGCGUACAAGGCUGAAAGAAGUGGAAGAACAGCAUCAGAGACUGAAGUCUCUACAGAUGCAGGUGACAAAAAUCAAUAUGGUCAGGAUAUGUCUUUUGCUGAAUCCAAGGAACUUCCCAGUCAGUGUUCAACAAAUUUUCAAAGUACUGACCAAAAGAUAGUGAAGCCUACUGUGAUGGAACAAGACCCCAAAAUCUGCACCAAGGAGAGUGAGAAUGAAUCGAACAGCAAGGCCAUUGAGCAAAAAACUGAUGAAGCUGGAAACAAGAGUACAGAUCAAAGCAGCAGCAUGUAUCCUACGAACACAGAACAAAUGUUUGACAAAGCACAACAGGGGCAAAUCAUAGAAAAGUCAGGAAACAACAGUAGAAUAGAAACAGAGAUGGAAGUUGUAAUUGGCAAUGAUGAUCAUGGUCAAGAUAGUUCUCUUCAAAGCAAUACAACAAGACCUGAGGAGAAAGCAGAAUCAGUAUCCAAUCAUCGAAGUACAGUUCACCAAGAUUCUAGUCAUUCUCACACUGAGACAAGGACAUCAAUAUUAUAUGACGUUACAGAUUCAAAUCAAGACAAAAAAGAACCUUCUCCACCACAAUUUACACAAGGGCAACUUGAUCUGUCUGAGAGACAAGAACAUUUAGAUGAAAUUGAAACAGUUUUUCCAAAACAAAAUAGUCAGGAAAAUCUAGAAUACUCCCAACAAGCUAAAUCAUUCGGUAAACAUCACACACAAACUUCAAGGGUAUCUGCUCAGGAACAGUUUGAGAAAGGUUUUGUGUCUACAAAAUCAGAUAAAAAUCCAGUCUGUAGUUUUGACAAAAAUGAAGAUGCUCGAUCACCUUUAUCUACAAGAUAUCUGGAUGAAGGUGAAGGAAAGAGUUUUGGUAAAGAGGGCCACAGUUAUAAGCAAACAGUAUCUAUGAAGUUAUUUGACGUAUGCAGAAUGGGUAGUUCUAAAAAUGACAAGGAUGGCCAAUCUCCCAAGAGACGAUACACAUAUGAAGGAGAGUCUCCAAGACAUGCCAGGCAGCCCUCGGGGUCCAACCAAGGGAUAGGCAGUAGUAAGGACAGCGAUACAGUUAAAGACAGAAACAGGAAUGUGAGUGGAGGAAGCACACAUUCUUCUGAUACGGGAAGGUCAAGGUCACAUUCUAGGGACAUAGACAGUCAUGUUAAAGACAAAAGAACCAACACUUCACAUAGACAUAAAUGUAAGAAAGUGGCUAGGGAGGGAAGUUAUGAAAGUAGUCUUAACAGUGAUUCAAGUUCUGGUUAUCCUGAGCAUUCUCACAGGCAUCGACAUAGGUCAAAGGGAGAUAAAUCUAAUAGUCAUAGGCACAGUCACAGAUCAAAAGGUGAUUCAUGGUCUCAGGGUGAGAGAAAAGAAAGUUGUGGACCAAGAUCAAAAGAUAUGGGCACCAGAGGUACUAAUCAAUCAACUGAUAAGCAGAGAGGUGGAGACACAAAUAGGUACAGCAGGCUGGAAAUCGAUGCAAGGAGUUGGAAAGAAAAAGAUCAUUACGCUGGAGGUAGUGAUGUUGACAUAGACGAAGAAGACUCGGAUGAUGAACUGGAGACUCCAUUUUUCCUCACAUCACUAACAGAGGCAAGCUCCAGACCAAUUCCAUCCACACCUACCAAGGGGAUUAAUGCUUCACAUACAGAAUCACCGAACCCAUCCUGCAGUCCACAGAUCUCGCUGGCCCCACUGUCUUCAUUUAACUCUGGUUUCUCAUUGGAUGUGUUACUAGCUGAGGCCAUUGAUAAGACAUCAGAAGAACGACAGUGUGAAGAUAUGCAUGCAGCACUAGAGGAGGGGCUAAGGAAGGGUGGAUUUGUGAAGGAUACUCUGGAGGUCACAGAAGAACCUGCUGUGGAUGAAGACCUGCUUCCUGAACAUCAACUCGAGCUAAAAAAGUUCCAGAUCUGUAAGAGUGAGAUGAGUGAGGUUCACCCUGGGGAGAAUAUUUUCCUUGGCAAUAGGUACCAGUGCCUGUUUAAUGCUGACGUCUCUCUCCAGGCAUGUGGCUUUGUCCCAGGAACAACCUACAUUGAUAAACAUCUCAUCUCUGUUCAACCAGCUGAUUACAUGACACUGCUGACCUCGGACAUUAUGCUGAUGUGUUUUGAUGCCAUCUCCUGCCAGGAUGCUGUACUGCGGUGGUUAUUAUUUAUCAUGUCAGUGCAUCCAAGCCACCUUCUGAUAAAUUGCUGCUACAAAACUGUCCAGGAACAUCUUUACUCUUGUCAGCAUUUUACCUGUAAGACAAAAUAUACCUGGUCUCCUGCAGUGACAGAUAUACUCUCCAUACUCUGUAACUAUGGAGCAGAUGGAAAUAAAUUACUGCCAAAGUCAUUGGUGCCAGAUACAGAAUAUGUCAGAAACAGUCUCUUCCAGCAAAAUAUGGAGAUUCCACAAGCUGGGAAAUACAAUCGUGAAAAUUUCCGUCUGGUUCUUAAUUCUCUGGCCAUGGCAUUCCAAAUCAGGCCCAAGUAUACCGACAGCCAGGUGACACAGAUGAUUGUCAUGCUUUGUAAAGCAGCUCUCGACAAAUCCCUAAACAACUUCAUGUUGACCCAUGAGUUUGAAGUUGUGCUGGCCUCCUUGUUAAAGUUGUACACAGACAUCGACUGGACCACUCAGUCCUUGACAUUGUGUCGAGAGUUAUCCUGUUUGACAGAACAUCAUCAUAACCAGGUGUACCUUGCACAGUUACUUCCCCCUACCACUAAAGGGAAUUUUCUUCAGCGCCGUGUCAGCUUCCUGAUGAUACACAAACUGUUUUACCCAGAACAGAAAGUUUCUGAUGAUGUUAUCAUGCAGUUUCAGCUGAAUCGGGUUCACAAUGUUCUGCCUAAGUUACAAGGCCUGGCUGAUGAGGACAUCUAUCUGUUAUCAAGCUGUGUUAGUCUUCUAGACCUCUGUAUUGGCAACGGGCUCAUCAAAUCUGCUGAAAAAGGUGAUUUGGAGUACAUCACAGAACAAAUGAAAAAGCUGACUGGAGAAGUGAGAGAUAAUGUCCAGAUGCUAGACAAGACUCGAAUAAAAGACAUGAUGAUAAGAAUUACAAGCAAGUGGACUUUGGUUCUCCUCAGUAUCGGCAGCAAACAGAAAACUCUUUUUGAGUGUCCAGGGAAUUUCCGUAAGUCUCCAGCAGAAUUGAAGAUUGAAACUGUGGAUGCAAGUCAGACUGAUCAUGCUUCUGAAACUGAAGAAGAAGAUUCUCAGUCCGAGGAGGAGGAUCAAGUUUCUUCGGAGAAGCCCAAAACAAAAGUGAAAACAGUGACAAUUGAUGUGAAGGAUCAGGAUGCAUGUUCAACAGGUGAUGACAGAAUGGAUGUUGAUGAGGACGAUGAUGAUUUACCAGAAUUAUAAGACUACCACACUGGAUUAAAUUAGGUUGUAUUUUGGACAAAGAGCUCAUGAUUUUUAAGUGGUGACAAAAUGUCUUCAAACGGCUGUGGUAUAUAUUUUGAGUUCACUUGAGCCAAUGCCUUAUAUUAGCUAGUAUUCAAAAAUGAAGGACAACAAUGUAAUUUCAAAAUUAACAAAGACGCAUUUUGUUUGGUGGACUUAAUUAAUCUCCAAAAUUAUUUGUAUGAAAGCUGAAUUUUUAGCAGCCAUUUGAAGCAGAUGACAAUUAUAGGGACACUUAAUAUUGUCAUACAUGUAGCAUUAAAUAUUUAAACACAUUAAGAUGAUUGUGACAUUAUCUCUGUACAAAUAUGAUAUAAAAUUGGAAUGCCCCACCAAACGCUCACUACUGAUUUUAGACAAACUACUAUUAAAAAUGACAGAAAUUUUUUUAUAUUAAAUGAUUAAAAUAGUUGUAACUGUAUCUGUUUACCAUUUUGUGUUUAUUUUUAGGACAAGGACAGCAUAAUAUUUUUCUAAUAAAGAUGGUUUGGUAAAGAUGUAUUUGGGAGAAACAAAUCUCAAGUAAAUUUAUAAUUUUGUAAUUUCAUAUACAUGACCUAUGACAUUUAGUGCUGUAUGGCUAUUUUUAGAUUCCUCCAGAUAUGUUCAAGAAUUGACUAAUAUGCUUACUUUCAUGAUCUAUGUUAGUAUUGUGAGAAAUCAAAUUGUGUCAUGAAAAUGUCUUUAAACUUCUCAAUUAUUAUAUACAUGUAUAACAUGAAUAAUGUAGUUAAAAGUUUGAUAUAAUUUAAUGACAUCUAAUGUAAAACAAGCAUAAAGAGGCUUUGAAUUCCAACUUUGUCAUUGGUGCACAUGUGUUUGUUGCUUCCAUGGCCCAGGUCAUAUAAACAUUCCAGUACAGGUAAACAAUAAGGUUUCAUCAGAAACUCUGCGAAAGUUAAUCUACAAUUUAUAUUUAGACUGGACCUGUGUAUAAUGAUGUAGGAAAAAAGGCAGUUAAUUUUAAUUUUAACAAUGUUGGGAUAUUAUAGUACAGAAUAGUCAAAGACAAAACAAAUCUGUCACAAUAUUUUAAACUUCCAUAUGUAUACAUUAAGAUGUCUGUCAGCAUUAUAGUAAUUAAAAAUAACAUUGCCUAGAUAAUCAUCUCAUUUUACUUUGGAGUAACAAUUUUCAAAAGGCUAGACCUACAAAUAUAACAGGAUAUUCCCUAUGUAAUAGUAAUUGAAGAUAACAAUGACUAGAAACAAGACACACACAAAAAAACCCAAUAAAAAACGGUGUAAACAUUUAAUUAAUAUGUAAAUAUUUCAUAUUAAUAGACAAUCAGUUAUGUAAGGAAAGCAAAGCUGCAACAUGCUAUUGACAUUUAAUUUUUUAUACUAUAUUGAUAACUUUAAAAAAUUACAGUACUAUGUAAGUAGGGUGAUAUGGAGAGGGUUCAAGUGACAGAGUUGUACGUGUAGUGUAUAUGAUGGAGAGGGGGGGGGGGGGGGGGGGAGUUGUACGUGUGUAUGUAGAGAGAGGGAUCAGAAUGGUGACAUGAUAUAAGCUGUACAAUUUAUGUCGGAUAUUGUAAUUGUUUGAAAUGUUAUGUUUUUAUUAAAACUAAUUAUUGAAGGUU